CGCUUAAAGUAUCAUCGCUAAUACACACAUCGCGCAAUGUUAAAUAAACAUUACAAAUUUCUGCUAAAAUGUGCGCUCGCAAUACCAUUUAUCUUUGUGGUGGACUUUUGUGGCAUUCUGACGCAUCUAUACGAAUUGGACUUUGAGACGCACUAUUACUAUCCAUUGCACAAUGACAGCGUGGCAACACUGGACUACAAGUAUCUACAAUUGCCCGCAUUUAGCGAUAAUCAAGAUAAAUCGAAUCCGCCUCGACUGACAAUAUUGGUAAAAAGUGCCGUGGGUAAUUUGCAUCGACGUCUGGUUAUACGCCGUACUUGGGGCUAUGAAUCCCGCUUCUCGGACGUGCACAUUCGCUGCGCCUUUUUGCUGGGCGUGUCCAAUGAGGGCGUUAGUAGAAACGAGGAUGCGGAGGCGGAGUCCAAACAACAUGGCGACAUUAUACGUGCUGAUUUUACAGAUGCCUAUUUCAAUAACACAAUCAAGACCAUGAUGGGAUUGCGUUGGGCCAGCGAGCACUUUAAUCACAGUGACUUUUAUAUGUUUGUUGACGAUGAUUACUAUGUGUCCGUUAAGAAUGUGCUGCGUUUUCUGGGCAAGGGACGUGAGACGCAUCAUCAGAGCGAACUCUUUGCGGGAUUCGUAUUCCAGAGCACACCACUCAGACACAAGUUCAGCAAGUGGUAUGUUUCACUGCAGGAAUAUCCAUUUGACAAGUGGCCACCUUAUAUAACAGCUGGUGCCUUUAUCUUAUCAAGAGAGGCACUCCUCAAAAUGUAUAGGAUUGGCAGCACUGUGCCGCUGUUUCGCUUUGAUGACAUCUAUCUGGGAAUUGUGGCUCUGAAGGCACAUAUACCAGUGCAUCACUGUGAUGGUUUCCUGUUUCACCGACCAGCGUAUUAUGGUCCUGACAGCUACAGUAAUGUUAUUGCCUCACACGGUUUUGGGGAUCCCCUGGAAAUGGAGCGAGUUUGGAAUGAAUGUCGAUCGGCGAAUUAUGCAUAGUAUUUCAACAUUAUUGACAAUUGCUAUAAGCUAUUAGUUACGCAAAUGUACAUACAUUCAUAUACAGAGAAAGCAAGCCUUAUUAAAGUAGUUUAUUACCAUAACAAAUGAAGCUUUUAAACUGUAACCGUU